AAUCGUUUGCCCUCUCUCGCUCUCUCUCUCCCCACUGUUCAGUCUCUCCGGCUGUCGUGAGAGGAUGAGGCCCCAGAUCGUGCUGUUUGGAGAUUCGAUAACGCAACAGUCGUUUAGAUCAGGUGGAUGGGGAGCUGCUCUUGCUGACACUUACUCUCGCAAGGCCGAUAUAGUCAAUCGUGGGUAUGGUGGAUACAAUACCAGAUGGGCUUUGUUCUUGCUGCAUCAUCUUUUCCCUUUGGACUCUACAAAACCUCCUGUUGCUGCAACAGUUUUCUUUGGGGCUAAUGAUGCAGCUCUUUUGGGGAGAUCGAGCGAACGACAACAUGUUCCUAUUGAAGAGUACAAGGAGAAUCUCAGAAAAAUUGUUCGUCAUUUGAAGGAAUGCUCCCCCACUGUGCUAGUUGUGCUGAUCACUCCACCACCAGUUGAUGAGGCUGGGCGUAAAGAAUAUGCUCAAUCUGUAUAUGGAGAGAAAGCUGAUGAACUGCCUGAAAGGACAAACGAAGUGACAAGACUAUAUGCCGAGCAGUGCAUUGAGCUGGCAAAGGAAAUGGGUCUCUGCUCUGUUGAUCUAUGGUCAAAAAUGCAGGAAAGAGAGGGUUGGCAGAAGAAAUUCCUAAGUGAUGGGUUGCAUCUGACACCAGAAGGCAAUGCAGUAGUACACCAAGAAGUUGUAAGAGUUUUCAAUGAAGCAUGGCUUUCUGCGCCAGAAAUGUCAUACGACUUUCCUCACCACUCGCAAAUCGAUGGAAAGGAUCCGGAGAAAGCGUUCCAGCAACGAUGCUUAUGAUCUUGUUGCCUCCGACACCUAUAUUUGCUUUUGUCAUACUCCGUUCAAAGUUGGAUUCUUGCAUUAACUCCCCUCCCCCCAAAUCCAAAAAAAGGUUACGGUGGUUUCUUGAUUUUCCUCCCAAAUAAUUAAGCAUAUUGCUCCUUUUGGUGAUUGAUUUAUGGAGAAUUAUUAGUUAUUUUUGCUA